AUGAUGGUGUCGAGCUUGAAGGUUGUGGUCGUCGCCGGCCUUGUCCAAACCAUAUUGGCAGCUACUAUCAGUAGUACCACCACUACGCCUGGCACCGCGUUGCCAACAUUGACCAUUUCGACAGCGGUAGCUAGCCCUAGUGCAUCACUAGGCGCGACUCUACCCGCGCAGGCACCACUACCCCCAACCCAAGGAUGGUGCAUUGGUCAAAUAUUUUGCGCUGGUUCAUUGUUGCAGACAGUCAAUAUCGCUCAGGUGUACUCUGACCCGAAGACCUUCGUGGAUAAGCCAACCGGCAAGUCCUCUCAGCAAGUUCUUGCAGACUUCAGCAACUUCAACUUGUCGACGGCUACCGAAGGGGAGAUUGUGAAUUUUGUUGAUAACGAUUUCCUUGGAGAAGGUCUUGAACUGGAGGCUGCCGCUCUCACGAACUUCAAUCCUACUCCAGCAUUCCUCAACAACGUGACGGACCCUUUGUUGAAGGCGUUUGCGCAAACUGUUCAUGGUUACUGGACUCAGCUUGCCCGUAGUACUAACCAGUCUGCUGUCUGUGACGAUUACCCCGGCGGCACGUGCGAGGGCUCGUUCAUUCCCCUGAACCAUACAUUCGUUAUUCCUGGUGGUCGCUUUAGAGAACAAUAUUACUGGGACAGCUACUGGAUCAUUCAGGGUCUAUUUCAAUCAGAGUUAUAUGAAACUGUAAACACCACUUUGCAAAACUUCAUGGAUGAGAUCGAGGACUUCGGUUUCAUUCCGAACGGUGGUCGUAUCUAUUACUUGAACCGGUCACAACCACCUCUCUUUAUCCAUAUGGUGUAUGACUAUGUUAACGUGACUGGAGAUACUUCGAUUCUACAACGUGCUCUUCCUUUGGCUGAGGCUGAGCUUGCCUGGUGGGCAAAUAAUCGUACAAUUAACGUCACAAGCCCAUACACCAACCGAACCUACAUGAUGGCACACUAUGCAGUCACCAACACUGCUCCUCGACCCGAAUCAUAUCUCACUGAUUAUCUGACUGUUCAUGACCCAACUCUUUCUACGCCCCUCACAGAUGAUCAGGCUGCCGAGCUUUACAGCGAGCUUGCAUCUGGCGCUGAGACCGGAUGGGAUUAUAGUUCACGCUUUGAGGCUAUCCCUCAGCUUGGCAACCCUGGCCUGCGCUCGCUCAAUGUGAAGAACAACAUCCCAAUCUGUCUUAACAGUAUUCUGUACAAGGCCAGAUUGCUUCUUGCUGAGCUUUACGGCACGUCCAAUGCGACUGCGUCAAGCAACCAUCUCCAGGUCGCUGCCGGUAUUCGUGAGGGUAUCCUGGACCUCCUUUGGGACCCAGCCAAGCUCGCUUUUUAUGACUUUAACCUGACUUCGAAUGCCCGCAACGAUAUAUUUACGGCCGCAACUUACUAUCCUGUUUGGAACGGCAUCAUCCCCGACGAAGUCCUCGCUUCUCAAUCCAAUGCAUUUGGUUACUUCGCAGCGGUCAACUUGGCGGUGAACAAGUACAAUGGUACAAUUCCGGUCACUUUUGUCGAUUGGACUGGCUUGCAAUGGGACGCCCCGAACUGUUGGCCUCCACUGCAGUACAUAAUCUUGCAGGCACUCCAGGCUAUUCCGUCUAAUCUUACCACCAACGGGUUGCCUACACCCAGCUCUGAUCAGUCUACAUAUGAUCUCGUCCCGGCAGGCCAGCUUGGCUUUACGGAAGCUCAACUUCCUGGUCAACCGAUCCUCGGAUCACAAACCAAUCAAAACGCGACCGCAACUGGUCCAGCGGCGGAUAUCAACAAGUUAAGCGGUACUGUGAUUAAUGGCGGAAAUGCCACUGCGGGCGAAGGGUGGAGGGACACGCUUCAACGCGAGCUGGCUAACAGAUAUUACGUUAGCGUGCUCUGCAGUUGGCAUGCCACUGGUGGUUCAAUUCCAGGAUUGCUGCCCCAGCUUCCAACUAGUGAGCUAAAUAUAACCGACAGCGUCGGCAACACUGGUAACAUGUUUGAGAAGUUUUCCAACCUCAAUGUCGACGCUUCUGGUGGUGGCGGUGAAUACACCGUUCAGGCUGGAUUCGGAUGGACGAACGGCGUACUCCUUUGGGUUGCCUCUACAUACGGCGAGCAGCUUGUUGCUCCGCAAUGUCCACCAGUCGUCGCUGCUACUACUGGCACUACUACCAGCACGAGCGCGGCUGUCGGUCUACAAGCAUCGUCGAGGGGCAUUAUCAUUGGCGUGGUGAUGGCUUUUAUGGCAUUUGUGAUCUUGUAGAUGUUGCGGAUGCCGAUUGUUGACUCUGAGGUCCAAAACCUCGCGUACAUAGAGUAUGGCGCAAACCUGUUACAUCAGUACACUUUUAUUGUUAUUUUUCCCUUUGUGGUGUGUAGAAAUCCAUCAUAACUCUUACCAGACCCUCUAAACUACUUGUGUCUUGCAUGGCAAACCCCUAAAAUUGACAUAGUGCCGUAGCUGAGUACAAUCACCUGUGAUAACUUUCAGCCUAUCCACGGUGACAUAUAGCAACCAGUUCAAAU